AUGUUUUCAUCUUGCAGCAGCAAUAUUAAUAGUACUUCUGUAAGUCCUUUUCAACCUUACUUUCCCUUGUCUUCUUCAAAUUACCACCCUCCUCCUCCUCCUCCACCUUCUUUUCCUUGUGUGAACCAAGAGGCUUGUAGUGGAGACAUUUUCCUUCACCACAAUAUUCAAGGGUACCCCAUAUCUGGUCAAUUUCCACUUCAUAACAAUGCCUUAAUGGCACCUCCUCUUCCUCAAAGCUUGACCCAUUUGGGAGUUUCAUCAAACACUGUACCUCCUAGCAUAAACGCUGAUGAUCAUCAUCCCUACCAUAAUUACUAUGGUGCCAUUAACAAUGAUAAUAUUUUUCCUCAUUUCCUUCAUUCUUCUAGAGAAGAUAUAGUAGCGCCGCCGAUGAAGAAAGAUCGGCACAGCAAGAUCUUCACUGCUCAGGGCUUGAGGGACCGGAGGGUUAGACUGUCCAUCAAUGUUGCCCGUCAAUUCUUUGACCUCCAAGACCUGCUAGGGUUUGACAAGGCAAGUAAAACCCUAGAAUGGCUUCUCACCAAGUCAAGAAGGGCCAUCAAACAGCUUGGGACUCGGAACAAACACUUGACCUGCAGUACUAGUACUGGGCGUUCCAAGAGUUUGACUUCGAGUUCAGAGUGUGAUGACGAUGACGCCGAUUCAGGCACAAACGAGGUGGAAAACGUAGCAAGCAGAGAAAAAGAGGUGAUGUUGAUGAUGAAGAAAAAGAUGAAAGAAUCUGAAUCUGAAUCUGCUAAUGUUUAUGGCACGAAAGACUCGAGGGCAAAGGCAAGAGCAAGGGCAAGGGAAAGGACAAGAGAGAAAUUAAUGUGCACUACUGGGAGCAGGCCUCAGAUGUUGAACCAAUUGAAGUUAUUCAAUGAGCUUGAUCACCAUCAAUCUAACAAUAAUUGUAAAACAAUGUCAUCAUCUUCAGGAAAGGCCAAUAUUGGAGAUCAUCCUGAGAAUCAAGAACUGGGCUCCCUCCUAGCUAAUCAAUUAGCUCAUCAUCAUGAGGACGAUCCAUCUGUUCAUGUCAUCAAAAGAAACAAGUUGAAGCAGUAUUCAUCAGUUUAUUCCAAUUAUAAUCAGCAAAAGUAUCUCAAUGUGGUGUCAGCAGAAAAUACAGAUCAGAGUUCCAACAGCCACAUCCAAUUUCCCAAUGCAUUUCAAAAUUGGGACACCAAUGGCGCCUUCCCAUGCCCUAACAUUCAUUGUGCCAUUACCAGCAUCAAUCUUUCUACCGGAAAUUAA